AGGCCCACGUUUGUCCCCCACGCACACAAACAACCAACUCGGCGCGGUGGGCGGCGGGAGAGUCAUGACGUCGGCUGCACACAGCGGGAUACCGAACAUCACCCACGGACCCGAGACAGCGGCAGUCAAACUGCGGCAGCCGCAAACGUAGUUCUCCUCCUCCUCCCCCCCCCCCCCCCCCCGAUUCCCCGCCCGCGCGCGGCGUCGGCCAUGGAGGGGAGCCCGCCGGCGGGAGGCGGCAGCGACGUCGCGACAACGCACGUGAAGACCGAGGCGCCCGACGAGAAGACGCCUGCGCCGGUUCUGGGCAGCCGGGAGUCGCCUGCGCCCUGCGGAGAUGCCGCCUGCGGAGGAGGGGACCCGGCUGCGCAGCAGCUGGCAGACGCGGCCGCCGCUCCCCUGCUGCUGUACCCCGUGAGCGCGGACCGCUUCUUCGCCACAUCGGGGGAUGGAAAAACGUACCUGAAGAUAGCUCCAGCUUCAGCGAUACCAUCUGCCACCUCAGAGAAGACCCUCCCCUUCGUCUCCGAUUUCUCCUCCAAAGCCGUGCUGUGCCUGAUCGAGGCCGUCGGGCGCCGCUGGGGCCUCUACGAGACCCGGGAACGCUCGCAGCUCUUCCAGAGCGUCCAGGAGGAGAUGGCCGCCAAGGGCCACGUGCUCCCCGUUGAGAAGAUCCGCCGCAAGUGGAACAACCUCAUCGUCACAUACAAGAGGGUUAAAGACCGCAGCCGGGAGACGGGGCACGCCAAAACGUCCUGGGAGUUCUUUGAUUUGAUGGACUCAACUCUCUGUGACACCGUUGGCACCCAGAUCACCAAGAGGCACAGGGUGUCCGCGCAAGCAAAGAUCGCUGCCAAACCGCAGAACCCGCAGCGCACCACCGUCAUCCGCCCCGAUGGGGACUUCGCUCCGACUGGCGGGGCCGACUCGACGGGUCACGGCGGCGCCGGCAGUCAGGCGACCAGCGCCGCUGCCGCCAUCUGCGCGAUGACUCCGGCGACCGUUAGCCCAACAGAUGCCCCUGAACUCAAGCCCCUGAUCGUCUUCAACAGCGAGCUUGUUGCAUCCAGUGUCCAUUCGGCCGCCGUUGUGCCUUCUCCGUCUUUCAUCUCCUCGCCUUGUUUCACGGAGACCGCUUCUACUCCCCCCUCGCUCGGCACCGACCUCAACGCGCCGCGCCACGCCGACCGCAAAGCGCUGCCGUCCUUGCCGGGCGGCGUGCCCUUUCGCCUCGGUCACAAUAUCCUGGGCCACCCCUCGACUUUCCCGCCCAAUUCCUCGCCCCUCUCUUCCUCCGCGUUAUCUGCAACCACCCUGUCGGCGGGCGAGGGGCCGAGCCGAAAUGGCGGCGAGGAGCGAGCCGGCGCCACGUUGUUCCAGGAGGCCCAGAAGCGUCAGGAGGAGCAGGCCUACCUGGAGCGGGUGGCUCGCCGCAGGGUGGAGGCCAGGGAGAAGAGGCGCGAGAGGAGGGAGGUGCGGAUGGCAGAGUCGCUGGGCAGGAUAGCCACGGCCCUGGAGCUGCUCUCCUCCAAACAGGACACGGUCAUUGCCCUUCUGCAGAGGCUGGCGGAGCGGAAGUGAUGGAGGGCUCCUGAGAUCACGCUUUUUAAAACUUCUUAAUCCUCUUGCCCUGAGUGUAAAUAACAUUUUUUAUAAAAUGCCAUUGCCGGCUUACUUUUCUACAUGAAGGGGAAUGGGUCGCCUUGGUAACCUGCUUUACAUAUGAGUGCAUUACAGUUUGCUUCACUAACAUCAAAUAAAAUAAAAAAAUCCUGAACAG